AGGCGCGGGCGCAGCGGCCGCGGCCCCAUUGUUGUGGGAACGCGCGCGGGGCGGGAGCGGCCCCGAAACCCCCCGAACCCCCCCGGGCCGGGACCCCCCAAAAACACCCCCGGAGAGACCCCCCAGACCCCCCCCGGGCACCGGGCUCUCCAUGCGCCCCGGCCCCCCAUGGCCGCGCUCCCGCGCGCCGGCACCAAGCGCAGGCUGCACGAUGCGGAGCCGGGACCGGCGGGAUCAUCGUUGGGAUCGGCGGGAUCGGCGUUGGGAUCGGCGGGAUCCCUGUCGGGAUCAUCGGGAUCAUCGUUGGGAUCGGCGGGGUCGCCGUCGGACGACGAGGUCACCGCCAGCGACAGCGGCGACAGCUGCGACAGCGGCGGCUCCGCCAGCGCCCGCCCCCCGUCCAUCCUGUGCCGGUCCCGCCCCCGCCGCGCCGGGAAGCGCGUCCGCUUCGCGCAGGUCACCGUGUUCUACUUCGCGCGGCGCCAGGGCUUCACCUGCGUGCCCAGCGCCGGGGGCAGCUCCCUGGGCAUGGCCCCCCGGCACCACCGCGCCCGCAGGUACAGCCUCAGCCAGUUCGCGCACCUGCGCCAGGUGAGCCGCCGGCAGCACCUGCGCCGGCACCUCCGCAGGGAGAGAAUGCGCGGCAGGAGGAGGCAGGUGAGCCAGGCCGGGGCGGUGCCCGAGGCCGGCGGACUCCCCUUGGCCGAGGUGUCGGAGGCGGAGCUGGAGGCGGGGCAGGUGGAGGUGGGCGACUGCUUUUACCUGCAGCCGCUGCCCACCAAGCGGCGGCGGGCGCUGCUCCGGGCCUCAGGUGUGCGCAGGAUCGACGCCGAGGAGCGGCAGGAGCUGCGGGCGCUGCGCCUGUCCCGAGAGCAGUGCGGCUGCCUCUGCCGGCUCACCUGCGAGCCGCGCACCUGUGCGUGCAGCCAGGCCGGCAUCCAGUGCCAGGUGGAUCGCUCCUCGUUCCCGUGCGGGUGUUCCCGGGACGGCUGCGGAAACGCCUCGGGGCGGAUCGAGUUCAACCCGCUGCGGGUGCGGACCCACUUCCUGCACACGCUGAUGAAGCUGCAGCUGCAGAGCCGGCGGGAGGAGGAGGAGGAGGAGGAGGACGGGGGGGAGGAGGCGGCGCCGGGCCCGCCCUGGGGUCCCCCCCAGCCCCCCGAGACUCAGGACUUCCAGGAGUACCUGGCGGAGAACGCGCGGGCGGUGCUGCACCUGCAGACGGCCGAGGAGCUCGAGAGGAGGAGGAAGGACGAGGAGGAGGAGGCGGGCGCGGGGGGGCGCGGGGAGGGGGGCGGGGGGCUCUGCGUCCUGGGGGAGCACCUGGACGGCACCGCCUGGCAGGUGAGACCCCCCCCGGGCCCCGCCCCCGGCCUCGGCCCCGCCCCGUUCCCGCCGGGAGCGCCGGGCCUGGGAUUCCCCGCGGAGCAGCCGGUGCAGGGGGGGGGGCCAGGUGAGCCCGCAGGUGAGCCCGCAGGUGAGCCCGCAGGUGGGCUCCCAGGUAGAUCCCCAGGUGAGCCCCCAGGUGAGCCCGCAGGUGGGCUCCCAAGUGAGCCCCCAGGUGAACCCGCAGGUGGGCCCCCAGGUGAGCCCCCAGGUGAGCCCCCAGUUGUGCUCCCAAGUGAGCCCCCAGGUAGGUCCCCAGGUGUGCCCCCAGGUGAGCCCCCAGCUGUGCCCCGAGUUAUGCUCCCAGGUGUGCUCCCAAGUGAGCCCACAGGUGAGCCCACAGGUAGGUCCCCAGGUGAGCUCCCAGUUGUGCCCCCAGGUAAGUCUCCAGGUGAGCCCCCAGGUGAGCUCCCAGGUGAGCCCCCAGGUGGGUCCCCAGGUGAGCCCCCAGGUGAACCCCCAAAUGAGCCCCCAGGUGAACCCCCAAGUGAGUUCCCAGGUGAGCUGUCAGGUGUGCCCCCAGGUGAGCUCCCAGUUGUGCCCCCAGGUAGGUCUCCAGGUGAGCCCCCAGGUGAGCCCCGAGUUAUGCUCCCAAGUGAGCCCCCAGGUGUGUCCCCAGGUGAGCCCCCAGGUGAACCCCCAAAUGAGCCCCCAGCUGUGCCCCCAGGUGGGUCCCCAGGUGAGCCCCCAGGUGUGUCCCCAGGUGUGUCCCCAGGUGUGCCCUCAGCCCUACCUGGCAGUGGAGCCCCAGGCAGGUGGGACAGGUGGGAAUGGCCCCGAGGAGCCUCCGGCUCCCACCUGCAGCCCCCGUGGGAAGGACCUGGGGGUCUCACCUGUCCCCACUGCUGAGAGCGAGGGGGGGGCUCCCCAAACCCCCCCGGAGCACCUGGAGCUGCCCCCCCUGCCCGUGUGAGCGGCUCCUCCCGCUCGUUAUUUAUUCCAUGGAUUGAUCGUUUACCUGGGGCUGCUGCACUGGGCUCACCUGGGCCAGACACAC